AUGAUCUCGCCGGACACUCCAUCACAGUCUGCUUUCUUUUUCUACAUUCUUCUCCUCCCAUUUUUUUUCUCUCCCGGAACACCUUCCAUCUUCUUCCCCAUCCCCAACAGAUCCCAUACCAUCCCUAUACCUUCAUAUACUUCUCGCCAUUUUCACCCGGCAUCCAAUUCGUUCCACAUCCGGAAACGCACUAGUGAUUUUCCAAGGAAAAGAGGCCUCGCAGCAAAUCCUGUCUGUCUACAAAGCCGCCGUCCGUGCCAACUUCCCAUUCAACACCGGGAACUUUCGUCUCCAGGGUAUGUUUUCCGAUGCACCGUCUGCAAUUUUACGCGGACGCAUUCCUCCCGGAGACGCCGUUUUCGUUUCUCAUUCGUCUUUCUUCUUUCUUUCGUUCGUUUCAUUCUGCAUUUCUCCUUUUCUCACUUCUUACAUUCUAUUUUUCUUUCUUUCUUUCUUUCUUACUUUUUCUUUCGUAUUUCUUCCUUACGUUUUUUCUUUCUUCUCUUUCUUUCUUUCUUUCUUUUUUACUUUCUUUCUGUCUUCUUUCUUACUUUUUCUUUCUUUCUUCUUUCUUUCUUACGUUCUUUUUUCUUAAUUUCUUUCUUUCUUCUUUCUUUCGUUAUUCUUUCUUUCUUACUUUCUUUUUUUCGUUCUUCUUUAUUUCCUUCCUUCGUUCUUUCUUUCUUUCUUUCUUUCUUUCUUUCUUUCUUUCUUUCUUCUUUUCUUUCGUUGUUCUUUUUUACUUUGUAUCUUUCUUUCUUUCUUUCUUACUCUCUGUCGUUCUUCUGUUUUCUUUCUUUUUACUCUCUUAACUUACUUUUUAUUCCUUUUUUUCUUUCUUUCUUUCUUUCUUCUCCCUCCUAUAUACCCAUAAACCUUUCUAAUUCACUCGCUGAACUCCUAUCUCGACCCCGCUUUCCUCCUGUUCCCUUUACUCUCCAACUUUUGUUUCCACAUUUUUUCUUUUGUCCCUUCAGUCCCAGAAGCAUAUCCCCGCUACAAAUAAAUGGACAACAACGAUAA